GAACAGACCAUGUAGGCAUCGACAGUUGUAGAAUAGGCUUUGCAAUCUGGGUAGUGACUCACAAACAACUGAUGAAUGAGAUUACAAUACACCAAGUAACAUGCAGCCAUUAAUAAUAAACCAAUUCUAAGCUAGAGAAUAAAAAAUACUUCUUCAGUAGCCCCCCAGACCCAUGGAUGUUUGUGUUUGUUGUGUCUCUCUAACAUAACAGGUAUGUAAAUGACACCACCUCUCUAAGAACAGUUCAACAGUUCUCUAAAACACAACAAGGAGAUUCAACAUUCCAUAGAGAGAUGUCUCUUCUCUUUGUCUCCCUCCCCCCUCUUUCUUCUCUCACUUCUUAGUCACACCCACCGUUUCCUCUGUUUUUUCUCUCUUCUCUUCUUUUCUCUCCACAUCCACCUGUACAGUCGCUUCUAUCCCUUCAUCUCCAACCUCGACAACUGUAUUCUAUAUAUUUCCAAACAUUUCCAGCCUGAUCCACACUCAACAGUACCAAUGAAGACUCCGGAUGCUGCCUUUCUGAGCGCGCUCAUUCCGACGCUGCUGAUCCUCCUCCACGUUGCUACGGCAGCAACUGACAACCCUUCCCAGAGCACACCCCUCAUGACACGAGCAAACUUCACCUCAACAGAGACAACGAUAAAAGCUGUUGAAUCCGGCAACCCGGAAAGUAGUAGGAAUUCCACAACCGAGGUUCCGCCCCUGCAAGGAAACGGUUCAUCUACCACUCCGUCUGCCGACAACGUGACUCUGUCGACAUCAGCCAGCUCGUCUCUCUUGCUGGUACAACCAACAACCCCAGGCAGCACAGCUUUUCCAGUCACCAAAGCCAAGACCCCCGCCAUCCCUUCUUCUACAUCUUCGUCCGUUUCGCAGGCGGGGAGCACAGGAGCGCUCGACGGAGGUUCCAUCACGAUAGUGCUGCUGGUCGUCAUUGUGCUGCUCAUCCUGAUCCUCGUGGCAGCGUUCAAGUGGGCCUCCCGCCCCUCAAACCAGGACAGCCCCGCCUCCCAUCUGAUAUUGGGCUUUGGGGAGAGGGUGAGGGGUGUGGUUAGAACCUUGGAGGAUAGGCUAGGGUUCCGUCUGUGGCCAGGGGGUAGGGAAGAGAGGGAGGGCGACGAGGAAGAGGGGAAAAUGUUAGAAGUGGUGGUUGGUGUUGAAGGAGAGGGAGGGGAGCAGAAAGAUGAGGAAGAGGAGGAUGGGGAAGACUCUUCUGAUGAGAACUCCAGCAUGGAGGGAGACCACCUGAGACAGACAGCACAGAGCGGAGAGAAGGAAGAAGAGAAAAGAGAAGAGAAGAGCAAAAGUGAGGAAGGUCAGGGAGAAGAGAAAGGAGGAAGAGACGGAGAGAGGGGAGGAGGCGAAGAGGCGAUAGCAUUAGUAGGUCCGGAAUGGGAGAAAAGCGAGGGGGAGGUAGAAGAGAGUGAUGUCACUAUACUCUAAUUGACAGAGUGAUAAGGAUAGGUCAGAAGGAGAGAGGAAGGGCAGCUACAGAUAAGUGUGAAGAUAAGGUCUCUCUUUCUGACCCUUUUCACACUACCAUACUGAGCAAUCCACCCUGGUCUGCUUACUCAUUCACAGAUUAAACCUCAGUCAUGACAGACUUGAAUAGGUUUCGUACAGGGUUCUAUAAGAAAGUUUUCUGUUUAAUCAUGUAAAUAAAAUACUGUGUGUGAUUUUCAGAUACUAGACCAGUCCAGGCCAGCUCAGUUCAAUAGUGUGAAUUUGACAAAACUAUGUUCAUCUUUUUAAUGAUAUGGUCCUAAUGGAUUAACAGAACAUGUUACAAUAAACUGACUUUUGUAUGACUUGUGAUAUUAUUGGUUUUUCAAAUACAUGUGAAAACAAAAAUAAACAAAAGAAUAAAA